GGUAAUCUCUCAUAUAUUCUGUCUAUAAAAAAACCAAGAAUUACAACCUAAAUUUAUCAGCUCUCUUCUUCCAUAUAUGGCUUCCUCUCUUCCAACUACUUCUUGUAGUUUGAAUAUAACUACUUCUCCUCCUCCUUCUCCAUCUCUCAAUAAACACAAACCAUCACUAAAACUCAAGCACCCCCAGGUGAGAUCUCAAAACUUCAAAGACGAAGGGAAGUCUGCGGAUAUGGUGGAGGCGAAUUUGAGUGUGUUGAGAAGGAGAAUAGAUGAAGUGAAGAAGAAGGAGAGUUUGAGCUUGAACCAGCAGCACUACUGCGGUUGUAGACACCAAAAUGGCUGGAAUUAUCAACGAGUUUAUUAUGAUCAUCAUCUUAAACAUAAAAAAUUUAUUGAUCAAAUGAUUUCUGAAUCGAUCCAGAUUCUGGGUUCCGCUAUUGGUGCAGUUGGGUUUGUUUUUCUUACUGGUUCUUUUUUCAUCUUCCUUGUCUCCUUCCUUGUUCAUAAUUUUUGAGUUCUAUAAAUUUUUUUGCAGAACCCUAGAUUUUGUAUUUAUUAAUAUGUGAUCUAACUUUAAUAAAUAAUCCAG